UUUCUCCAAAACAUCUGGCAUCUCUGGUGCAACAUUUAAUAUCGGGCCGCCAAGAGUGGGUUGAACCGUAUAUCCGUCACGGUCUUUGGCACAGUUACAGUUCACGAAUCACAAUCGUCAAACGCGAAUCGAAGAUUAGUUAUCCGUGUGUGUGUUCGAAGGCAAUUAACAUUGGUUCCUUAGCUAUUGGAGAAAGAGUGUGUCAUCAAAUUGUGAGGUCGAAAGUUUAGAAUUUUUCUCUGUUUAGUGUCACUUGAGUGUUUCUGUGUUCUUUGCUUGUGCGUGUAUUUCUCUGCCGCAACAAGAACUAUUCGUGAAUAAUCCUUUUAUUUUACUAACUAUAAUUAAAGAAAAGUUGAAGUGAAAAAGUUUUAUGUGUGCAGCGAUGAAAGUGUGGUAAUAGCGACUGUUCAGAAAUUAGUAUCUACAAGAAUUUAGUAAUCUACAGCAAGAUUACUAAGCAAAGCAAUAACACUCCAUGAAUCAUCAGGAUUACGCCAUCCGUUAGCGUUAUUCUAUCAAAAGCGGAGUAUUUCCAGUGAUUCUCAUAAAAAAUUGUUGAUUUAAGAUUCGUGUAUGAUGGCUACCUAUUGAGUUGAGAGUGAAAAGAAAGUGAAAAUUUGCUGUUCAGUAUCCGGAGGAGGUAGCUUACAAGGCGGAAUGAGUGGUAAUACUGGGCCAUCGGCUAGUGCCAGUGCUGUUUCAACACCUAUAAACGCCGGAACACGACCAGAUUCGGCUCCAGUCUUUGGUUCAUCAAACGUUGUACAGGCCUCCACCCCACCGCCUACUUCUACUGGGGGGAAAUUUCUAGAUCCCCGUUCCGCCGAAGAGAAGAAAUCCCGACGGACAUCGCUGCAAGUUCCACUACCGAAGCUGCCUUCGUCGGAGAGUCUCAGCCUUAGCCCUGGACCAGCAUCGCCAGGAAUCACAGGAUGGAACGACAACAGUCCAAAGAUUGAGGCCGGCUUCCCCGAUAAGCAGCUUAACAACGACGCAACGAAGUUGAAUCGCAAGGAGUCUUACAAAGCACAACGAAAAAAUUACCGCCGUGAAAAGAAGCGGGUAGCAUCUGAGUUACUCAAUUCGCUCCAAGAUCCGGCUGUAAUAGUCCUAGCUGAUUGGCUCAAGAUUAGGGGCACGCUUAAGUCAUGGACGAAACUUUGGUGCGUGCUCAAACCAGGUUUGCUGUUUAUUUACAAAAGUCCUAAAACCAAAAGUAGUCACUGGGUAGGGACGGUUUUGCUAACCUCGUGUCAAGUAAUAGAGAGACCGAGCAAAAAGGAUGGAUUUUGUUUUAAGUUGUUCCAUCCAAUGGAUCAAACGAUAUGGGCUCCACGAGGGCCAGAUAAGGAAACGAUGGGAGCAGUCGUGCAACCGCUUCCUACAUCCUACCUGAUCUUUAGGGCUCCAAGCCAAGCAGCCGGAAAAUGUUGGAUGGAUGCAUUGGAACUGUCAUUAAGAUGUUCUGCACUACUAGUUCGGUCUGUACCAGCUAUCGAUACCAGUGUAAUCGAGGGUACUACAAGUACUCACGAGACUCAAUGGUCCGAGGCGGACUACGAGAAGCAUUUUGACGAACAUGUUCCCAAGUUGAAAGAGCACCUCAACUACCUGCUUAAAUAUUUGCCUCCCUCCCCACCGGACAAAAAUAACCUUCGAGUAGAGCCUUUUAAAAAGUCAUACCCACGUAGUCCGUGUCCUUCGCCAACGCCAAUCUUUCAGCAGCUCUACCUGGCGGUUGCUCAUUGGGAACGUUAUUUGCGGGAUUCUCCGGAAUUCAUACGCCAUCGAGACGCGGACCAGGAUACAUUGUCACCUUGCAGUAAUGACGAUGUGUUCACUGAGCAUUCCUGCUCUGAUCAGAGGCGGAAUUCACUUCAGGUGGGCUUGUCCCCGGGAGCGAGUUUCGAUCGUGACGGAGCUGAAACGAGAACUCGGCGCCGUAGUAGUCCUGCUGAGUUCAACAAGCAGCCUGGAAGGUUACUUUCUGACAACGGAAUUACAAUACGCGUUUUGGACAGCCAAUAUUUAGAUAUCGAUAGUCAACCAGACCAAGGAACGUUGGUGUUGUCUGCCGGGGAAUCCGAUUCCGAAUCAGACUUGGGCGAUGGGCUGGAAGUGGAAGAGUUUCCGGAAACAGCCUAUGUGCAUUGUCCAGAAGAGGAAUUUGGGGCGGCUGGAGAACAAGUAGAAGAACUGCCUGAGGAACAUAAAAGUCUGAUAUGGUUCCUGGUAAAGCAGGUUCGACCUGGUAUGGAUCUGAGUAAGGUGGUGUUGCCAACUUUUAUCCUGGAGCCUCGUUCUUUCUUGGAUAAACUAGCAGAUUCAUAUUACCAUGCAGAUAUUCUUUCAAAGGCUGUUCUAGAGGACGACCCAUUUACGCGAAUGAAAACCGUAGUUCAGUGGUAUCUGUCAGGGUUUUACAAAAAACCAAAGGGUUUGAAGAAACCUUAUAAUCCUAUUUUGGGCGAAACGUUUCGGUGUUAUUGGCAGCAUGACAAUGGUAGCCGGACAUUUUAUAUAGCUGAGCAGGUCUCACAUCAUCCGCCAAUUUCCGUUUUUUACGUGACAAAUCGUCAAGAUGGAUUUUCUAUUAGCUGUAGCAUUUUGGCAAAAUCUAAGUUCUAUGGGAAUAGUACUUCGGCGAUACUAGAAGGCGUUGCAACACUGACACUGUUACCAAGAGGUGAAUGUUAUACUCUGACCGUUCCUUAUGCCCAUUGCAAAGGUAUCCUGAUGGGAACGCUAUCGAUGGAGCUUGGUGGCAAAAUAUCGAUUGAGUGUGAAAACACUGGCUACAAGACGGAACUUGAGUUCAAGUUGAAACCAUUCUUGGGCGGUAACGAGUACACAAAUCUAGUAACUGGCAAACUGAAGCUUGGAAAAGAGACACUAGCAACCAUAAAUGGACACUGGGAUGGAGAGAUACGAAUGAAGGAUAGUCGAACCAACGAAGAAACGAUGUUGUUCAAUCCGACACCGGAUGUGCGAUCGAAAAGGCUGCGCCGCUUCGUAGUACCAAUGGAAUCACAGGGUACAAACGAAUCGGAACGUCUGUGGCAACAUGUCGCCGCAGCGAUCCGCAGGGACGAUCAGGUGGGAGCGACUGAAGAGAAAACUGCUUUGGAGGAAGCGCAACGGAUUGCUGCCAAGGAGCGGAAGGCCACAUGCACUGAGUGGGUGCCACUGUUGUUUCAGCAAGAUCUUGUAACAGGACAGUAUCACUAUAAAUACGCUGAUCUGCGUCCGUGGGAUCCGCGUAACGAUCUCCGUCAAUAUGAGUGUAACUAUCGCAUCCAGACAAAAACACGCCACCAGGCUCCAAUGGUACGUACAGCUUCGGUUGUCAGCACUGAACCGCUCAGUAUUCUGCAGGCAGAAUCGCGCAGUUCGUUACGAAAAGGACGUCUGGUGGCAGCCGGAGUGGCACUAAAAACACGCAAAAUAUCAUCCAACACGUCCACGCCGGAUCUAAACGACCCGAACUCGGACUCUAGUCAUUCAAAUGAUCAUACCAACAGCAUGUCUAACACCAGGGUACUGCAUACGCUUGACGACAUCAAUAAAAAGUUAGAGGAGCACUCGAAAAAACUUUCCAAGCUGCAAUUAGACCUAGAUAAGAUUACCUGGGCACCACGAUCCAGUUACAAAAGUAACGGAAUACUUGACUCCGUCAGUUUGAGAACUAUUGUGUUCGGAUUCAUUGGGCUUCUGUUGCAAGUAUUUGUUGUGUGGAUUUUGAUGGAACGAUCUCUUGCAAAUAUGGCCCCAUCUGAUGCGGUAGCACCUUCCACCGCCGGAAGUCAGUAGAGUUGCGAUUUAUACUUGGAUAGUCUUGUUUUAAGUUUAUUUUUAUAGUAAUUACCUUUAUAUUUUACGAAAAAUCCAUUCUAAACACAAAACUUCUCGUAAGGCAAAAAUUGAGUUAAAUUGACAUUGAGUUAACAGACAUUGGGUGAAAUUGUCACUACACGACAUUGUUGUUUUAAUGGAAAAAGGUGGUUAAAUAGGAUUGCACUUCUGUAAAAGGGGUUUUAAGUUUAAAAUUCAACACACUCAUUUCAACCAAUUAUAUAGAUCUGGAGGGAAUAAAACUAUGUACUAGCAAUACAGAUAAACAGGUAUUCAGUCUUUUUUCUUUUUAUUAAUAUAACAGCAACACUAUUACUGUUAAUACGAAAUAUUUUAGAAAUCAGGAAAGGAAACCAUAGCCCUUUGUUUCAAUUGAAGAGUUCAAAAAAAUUAAGGUUAUAUUUCGCUACCCUUGAAAGCCAUAAUAGAAAUAUGAACACUUUGUCUCUUUAUCCUGAAGCUUAAUAGAAAAAAAGCUACCUUUAAUAUACUUACAUUCCGCGAUGAAUUGAAGAUUCAAACAUGCUUUGAUAUUUUCCACUGAUACUUUUAUAGCAACAACAUUUAAAUCUAGAGCGUCGAUUUUUCACAAAAUAACAAAAUUUGAUUCCAAAUUAAGCAAACUAUUUCUACAUAGAUGAAGAAUAAUGCAAUAAUUAUUAAAAUGUUUACCUCGAAUUACAGGAGACAAGUUUCGCCCUAUAUUAUGGUAAUUGUAUACAAUGGUGGUAAGAUUUAGUUUGGGAUAACCACCCAUAUCCAUAAAGAACCAGUCAAUCAUAUUAUGUGAAUUCUUUAUAGUCUUAAUCGUUUAGUUAUAAGAUCUACAAUAUUUUUACCCAGUAUGUUCAAUUUCCUACUGUCAAUCGUUUCGAACGAAAAAUUUAAAUCACAGUCUGCUUCUUGGUACUUUUUCUCCGUACUACUGAAUAACUAUAAGUGACAUCAAUCAUUUUCGAAGGUUUCCCAGCGCUUUAAUUUUUGGUGAACCGUUUUUUGUAGUUAGUUGUACACAUUUUUAAGCAUUCGCAUUAUAAUUUAUUCUGCACAGUCCUACUGAUUAUGGAAACAGUCAAUUGUUGUUAUACCAGAGGGCGGAGCGGUUUAAGUAGUAAUGACGAUUAACUAACUUUGUCACUAUGAUUCGAGUAGCAGUCGUACUGAAACAAUCUAAGGUUUAUUAUAUAACAGCACUAACAGGGAGUUUACGGGAACUAUCACGCUCUGCGCGCCAAAUAGAUUACUUAUAAUAUUCAUCAAAUUGUUACUGAAAAUACAGCUUACACUGGUUACACGCGUGCUUCGAAA